AUAAGCAAGCAAAGGGACCUUGCCUGCCUUGUCCUACUCCAUUGCCGUCUCUCCUCUCCUCUGCUCCUCUCCUCUCCUCUCCCGGGAAGGGAACCCCGGCCGCUACUCCGAUUUGCACCGCCACCCGCGCAAUCUCGGGAUCCCAGCCGUCCGCACCUCGCCGCGGCCACGAAUGGUGGCCUCUGCCUAUUGUCUUCUUCCAAGCACCUAACCCAACCCAAGGCGGUCGGUAGGGUAGGUGCCAGGUAAACUCUGAAGGCGACCACCGGGACCGGGCGGCGAUGGCGACCGCCGCGAGGGACAGGCGCCUGCCGCCGGCGCUGCCCCUGGCCACGCUCAUCGGCCGCGAGCUCCGCGCGGGGGGCUCCGAGCGCCCGGCGCUGCGCUAUGGCCACGCCGGCUUCGCCAAGCGCGGCGAGGAUUACUUCCUCGUCAAGCCCGACUGCCUCCGCGUCCCCGGGGACCCCGCAUCCGCCUUCUCCGUCUUCGCCGUGUUCGAUGGCCACAACGGCGUGUCGGCGGCGGUCUACAGCAAGGAGCAUCUGCUCGAGCACGUCAUGAGCGCGCUGCCGCCGGACAUCGGCCGCGAAGACUGGCUGCAGGCGCUGCCGCGCGCGCUCGUCGCCGGCUUUGUCAAGGCCGACAUCGAUUUUCAGCGCAAGGGUCAGUGCCACUGCCACCCCAUCACGUAUAGUAUCGUUUGCAGUCGAGAUUGGAGCUCAACGCCACUACCUCUUUCAGGGGAAGUGUCUGGAACCACGGCGACACUGGUGGUCAUCGAUGGGUUCACGGUCACAGUGGCGUCGGUGGGCGACUCGCGCUGCAUCCUGGACACGCAGGGCGGCGAGUUGCAGCUGCUGACCGUGGACCACCGCCUGGAGGAGAAUGCAGAGGAGCGGGAGCGCGUCACGGCCAGCGGUGGGGAAGUAGGUCGGCUCAAUCUCUUCGGUGGGCAGGAGGUCGGUCCUCUCCGGUGCUGGCCUGGUGGCUUGUGCCUUUCAAGAUCCAUUGGGGACAUGGAUGUUGGGGAGUUCAUUGUGCCCAUUCCACAUGUCAAGCAAGUCAAGCUAUCAAACACCGGAGGAAGGCUGAUAAUAGCAUCAGAUGGCAUAUGGGAUGCGUUAUCCAAUGAAGCAGCUGCACAAGCAUGCAGAGGAUUGCCUGCAGAACUGGCAGCCAAGCUUGUCGUUAAGCAAGCUCUGAAAACAAGCGGGCUAAAGGAUGAUACCACCUGUGUCGUAGUUGACAUCAUCCCAUCCGAUCAUUUGACAUCACCGCAAUUGUCUCCAAAGAAAAAUCAGAACAAGUUGAAGUCACUUUUUCGUAGAAGGUCGCAUAGUUCAGUUGGAAAGCUUGGAGGAAAGUCUGCCUCCAUUGGUUCUGUGGAGGAGUUAUUUGAAGAAGGCUCUGCAAUGUUAGAAGAAAGGUUGGGUAGGAAUUUGUCCUUGAAAGCAGCUUCACCACCUUUUCGCUGUGCAAUCUGCCAAGUGGACCAAGAGCCAUUCGAAGAUUUGAUGACAGAUAAUGGAGGUGGUUACUGCUCUUCCCCAUACGCUCCAUGGGGUGGUCCACAUCUCUGUUUGGACUGUCGGAAGAAGAAAGAUGCAAUGGAAGGUAAGAGAUCUAGCCGCUCUACAGCAUGCAGGUGAAACAAUCAAGACUCUGUUUAAGUCAAGCCUGCGGCCUGCCUGCUUCACAGAGAAAAGAAGCAAUGAGAGGACAAUAAGUUGCUGGAUCCAAGUAUAAUUGUUUGCUGAAACUAACUGUAUUGCCAGCCCGGUACAAAACAUAUUUGGUUGGUGAGCGCUAACUAGUCUGUUACCUGCGUACAACCCAUAUGGAAAAGUUUGAUGUUGCGGAAAUAGCUCCAAUGACGAGGUUGUAGUUUUGACGGUACCCUGUAGUGUGCCUCUUGUGCAGGGAAACAUUGACCUGCCUAUUGCUGCCUGUGAUUCCCCCCCCCCCCCCCUCCCCCUUCUAUAUAAUAGCUACUGAGGGUUCUCUUUGUAUUAUUCGUGGAACAUAUUUUUGGUGGGAUUGAAGUAAGUACGAAGCAAUGUACUUAUGUGUAAAAUAUUCCUUGAGUAAUGACCUGUUAUUGAUGAAUUGGCUUCCAGAUAUGCCUUUCUUGCAUUUGAGUUUUGAACUAUUCAAUUCAAUGUCGACAGAUGCAGAGUAUAGUUGAUUGGUCAGAUUGGUGUCGUGGUGAGCAGUGUUUGUGUAAUGACCUGUUAUUGAUGAAUUGGCUUCCAGAUAUGCCUUUCUUGCAUUUGAGUUUUGAACUAUUCAAUUCAAUGUCGACAGAUGCAGAGUAUAGUUGAUUGGUCAGAUUGGUGUCGUGGUGAGCAGUGUUUGUGUAAUGACCUGUUAUUGAUGAAUUGGCUUCCAGAUAUGCCUUUCUUGCA